AAAUACCGUACCUCUGUGUGCCACCGUGCUUCUGAAGUGAGUUAAGUUUUCUGUGGGGUUGAUCGGCACAAGAGGUCCAACCGUGUGCUCAGUGCUGGUUUCGAGUUGGAUCGCGAAGCACACGGCAACAAUACGCAGUCGCUGUCUAUCGAUCGAGCCAAUGCCCAGUCGUAGUCAUUUGACGUGCGCGGUCGCGUUGGAUACGAACCCGAAAUAACAAAUCGCCCGGUGGUGCUUGGGAAUACCGGUGAACACCUGUUCCGUUUGGUCCCGUAAGAACUUUUAGGCUGCUCGUCGAGGGGGAGUAGUGCUACUUUCGAUUGGUGGUGCCAGUGAAAAUUUGAACGCCUCAACAUAUCGAUUGAAGAGGGUGUGUUGUAUUGAAGAGUCACUUGACAAUCGUUACGAAGUGCGUGCGUUUGAUUUGGAUUUGGAACUGAGACCAAGUGAGAUAUUAAGAGGUCAGCCCCGGAUUUUUUUUUGUUGUGUUUGGAUUGGAGAGAUUUCAACGCCCCCGUUCUAAUCACACACAUGUGCUGUGCUGAUUCCAUGCUUUGCGCAGGCGCGUGCUUGUGCUUGAAUGAAUGAUGACGAAGAGGAUUUUUUCGCCUUGGAGCUGUUGGGCGUCGUGAAACAAAAACCCCAUAGAAGAGAUACCGCCAGAAGCAACAGCAGUAGCUGUUAAGCCAAAAAAAAACACCAACUCACUGUCUUUUUGGAAGCGGAUUUUGGGUGGUGAUUAUGCGAUUGACGGUGCGUUGCUAGUUCGGUAUACCCUUAAGCUAUCCGUCCAUGGUGAAGUGUUUGCCAGUUGUUGUUGCUGUUGUUGAUGAUUGUGGUUUUUGCUGCGUUGGUUGCGGCCAGUAAAUGACUUGGAUUUGUGUUGUGGUGGCCUAAGCUGUUAGUUGUUGGUGGCUAUCGUUGAUUCCACGCCCCGUUCAGAGUGGAAGUGCCGAAGGCAGGAGGUGUUUAUAAUGUUUUAUUGUUGUUAUUAAGAUUUGGCAGUUCGACACAGGCAUUGGAUACAGCUUGCACAGCCGGGCACAGGGACUCGCAGAACUAAAACAUCACUUCUAAGAAAACAAAGAGUGGCGACGCGGUCGCGAAGGAAGCCUCAGUUGCAGUCGGUUAUCAUGUCCAUCCAAACGGAUUGGACCAGUUGCAUCGGUUGGCCCGCUGAUAGGAAACAGCAAUUACGAUGAACAUCGCCGCCCAGGCCGCCGUUAAUCGUUUGACCAGCAGCAGCAACAGCGCCGCAGCUGGUCAUGGGCUUUUGGUGGCCCCGGGUGCAUCGACUGCAGCAAUUGCACCGACCAGUUCUGCCGUGCUGCCAACCGGAAGCGGCGGAGUCUUUCCCAAAUCCAAAGAAUGCUGGAUACUGCCCAGCAAUCAUCCACUGAUGGCACCAAGGAUGACUAGCGAAAUAGUAAGUGAUGACGAUGACGAAGACGACGAUCAAGAGGAGUCACAAAGCGAAGACGAUGAGUCAUGUGGGACAGUUAGCGAUUACUCAACAGAAGAGGUUCCGGUGUGGAUCAAAGGGGAGCAAAGGUUUAUUUCCGGAGUGACGGAGGAAACAACCUGUGGAGAUCUCAUAGAAGCGCUGAUACAGCAAGAGAACCUGGCAACGGGACAGAAUGCGGCGAGCGAAACAAAGGAAUACUGCAUCACCGAGCGGUGGCGACAGGUGGAGCAAGUGUUGGACUGUAAAACUAAAAUCUUGCAGAUCUGGUCGGCUUGGGGUAAAGCACAGCCAGAGGUUAAAUUCAUCCUCCGCCGAAUGGACGGAUCUCAAGGGUUUUCAAUCGGGCCGCCAACUACGACGGGAGGUGCCGCCCUCGGAUUGCCCACGGAGCGUGACAAAGACAGUGGCCGGGGAAGUCCCACGGGGAGCAUCAAUAGUGCAAUAGUGCGCCGGAAACGUCACCGAGCGUCAAAGUCGUCUUUCGCGUGGAUGACUCACGGUACCACCAUCCAUCCAAAGUCCAACAAAAGUUCGAUCGAACGCCUCAUGAAGCUGAUUCUAGAACAAGGGGACAUUAUUCAACAGCAGUUGUCCAAAUUAAGGGACCGCGAGCUUCAGAUCAGCAAAAUCGAGGAGGAUCGACACAGGGAUCGUGAACGAGCCCAUGGCAAGAAUUACCUCUUGGAAGCCUACCUGAAAGGACUGCCGGAAUCUUCUGAAGUAGAUCGUAAUACUGGAGAUAGUGGGGUUACUUCCGAAGCCACAACUGCAGCCUCACCUGAAGUUGAAUCCUGUAUCGAACUGGAUGCCGAAUCUCCAACCACCUCAGUGGAAAAGGACAGCACCAUCAAGGAACAAAUCAAAAUGCUGGAGAAGAUCGUUCAGUUGAACAAGCAAAUUGUAAAGGAAGAAGAAACGGCUGUCAAACUGUACGAUCGAAUUCGACGCUACCAGUUGGACAUUCCUAAUCAAUCGCAAGCACAGAUAGAGGAAAACCUAUCGAAAGUGAAUGCCAGCUUGGAUAAGAGUGGGUGUGAACUUCAAAUGAUCGAUGAGAGUAUGAAGCACUCCGAAAUGAUGUUGAUGGAAAAAAAUUCUCUUUUAAAGAGCUUGCAGGACGAGUUGGAAAACCAAGAGCAGCAAAGCAACAUUAUAAUGGACUUUUCAAUGCCGAAUCCUGUGCUGAGCAUCGGAAGAAUGGGCCCUGCAGCAGAAGCAUCCGGAAUGCCUGCCGUCCCAAACAGUUACCCACUGUACACCAUCAGUGAACAACAGCAACCACCGAAUUCGAACACCCUGCCUCGUAAUCAACGCUUUCCGGUGACGGCGCAGAGUACAGUUCCCCAAAUCUCCGUCCAUCAGAUCAACAAAUUCAUCCAAAGCAACAACAAGCUGGGCAACAACUGCAACACGAUGCUAGAUGACAAGAUCUGCCCCAAGCAGUUGUUUAACUCGGCAAUCUACGCACAACCGAUGAAGCAUCACGGAUUGGAAGUCCCGAAGAAACCUCCGGACGAUGAUAUGACCAACAUGGGGACACUUGUUUAAGGGCGAUGCGCUGGUGCUAUCGAAUCACACAACAAACGCAACACAAAUCAAAGAGAAGUGAGCAAAAACCGUUAAAACAUUUUCAUCGAAACUACUUAGCAUGUUAGAUGUAUUAGGAUUAGUCGCACUAAGGGAAACAUCGAGAUCAUUCUUAUAACCAAACAUAUCACCUAAGAGUAGACAUUAGUAAGCAGUUCGUAAGCUCACGUGGUAUUUAGCAUGAUCACAUCCAUAGGAGUGUUUAUUUCGUUUAUAUUUUUUGCUGUUUUUGUUUACAUAAUAUUCGUUUUGAUAAGCUAGUCAGAGUAAGAUUUCAAUUGCAUUUUCGAUGCGUCGGAGCGAAGCGAAAGCCAUCCUUUGGCAGGAUGGCAGAUAUUCUUACCGCGCGUCGAUCGAGUUCGAGUAUUUACAGCGAAAACUCCUGAUCGGAAACAUUGUGUGUCGUUUGACUCUCUAUUGAGUGUAAUUGUUUUUGCUUAUUGAAAUGAACUUCAUCCACGAUAUCUGGCAAUAAAACUGAAGCUACCGAAACACCAAA